UUAGACUUAAAUUUUAACUGCAUUGUGUGAAUAGUUUAGAGCUAAGUUAAGCUUUGCCCUUCCUACUCUGGGGUCCUCAAUGCACAGCUCUGAAGAAAUUCUCACUGGCUUCACAUCCCACCCAUCUGUAGAUAGGGAAAGCCAGCACUUAUUGUAUGUUCUGAAAGAUAAGCAGUCAACUUCUUCCACUUAUCUUGGAAGCCAGCUGUGCAGGAGAGGUGGCAACAGCAUGUCCCACCCUGUAUAAAGAAAUCAAGCAAACAACUUUGCAAGUGGAUCAUUUUUAAAGAAAAGUGAAGGAAGGAGCUAUUGCCUACCAGAGCAAGCAGGAGCUAAAGGCUUUCACGGUACGAGGAACUGAACAUGGGUCAAGGUCUGAGCAUCAAAAAAUGUGAUUUCAAGAUCCCAUUGAACAACAGUAACCACCACACAGAAGAAAUCAGCAUUGAAAGGCUUAUGGUGAGGCGAGGACAGCCAUUCACUAUCACUGUGAGCUUCUCAGCUCCAGUACACAGCUACCUGCAGCUGCUGAAGAGGACCUUCCUUGUAGUACAGACAGGAUCACAUCCUUCCAAAGCGGAUAGAACCCAAACUGAAUUUUCCAUCUCCAACCUGGGAGACCAGAAUCAGUGGAGUGCCACACUGGAAGAACAAGACCCAUGCUUCUGGACCAUCUCAGUGAACACACCUGCCAACGCUCCAAUUGGCCAGUACACUCUGCUUUUACGUGCCUGCAAGUCUAGCUAUCUACUGGGCAAUUUCACCCUUCUCUUUAAUCCCUGGUGUCAAGAUGAUGAGGUGUUUUUGGCUAAUGAGGCACAGCGACAGGAGUACGUUUUAAACCAAGACGGUGUCAUCUACUCAGGGACUGAAAAUGCCAUCCUAGCACAACCCUGGGACUUCAGUCAGUUUGAGAAGGACAUUGUGGAUAUCUGCUUCACACUGCUGGAUGUAGGUGAACGGCAUCAGCAAGACAAAGAUCGCACACAGCGCAAAAGCCCUGUGUACAUCUGCCGCACAGUUGCUGCCAUGCUGAGCUGUGAUGAGUUUAGAGGAAUCCUAACAGAAUGUGGGACCAAGCAAUACCACAAUGGAACACCCCCUUCCAAGUGGCUGGGAAGCAGCCCCAUUCUCCAGCAGUGGGCUGCAACCCAAUGCAAGCCUGUCCAUUAUGGGCAGUGCUGGGUGUUUGCUGCAGUCAUGUGUUCAGUUCUGAGGUGCCUGGGAAUUCCUACCAGGGUGGUCACAGGCUUUACAUGGGCUCACAAUACUAACAGGAGCCUGAGUGUGGACGAGUAUUAUGAUGACAAUGGGAGACUGCUUACACAAGACAAGAAUGCCCGUGUCUGGACCUUCCAUGUUUGGAACGAAUGCUGGAUGGCUCGAGCAGACUUGCUACCAAAGUACAGUGGGUGGCAGGCACUAGAUGCCACCUGCCAGGAAAAAAGCAAAGGUCCAUCCUUUUGUGGGCCAGCCCCUGUUCAAGCCAUCAAGGAAGGGGACACAAAAGUUGAUUAUGAUGUCUGCUACUUCUUUGCUGCCAUCAAUGCCAAGUGCCAGGUCUGGAUACAAAAUGCAGAUGACACACUCAAGCCAGCUCUUGGUGGCACAAAGUAUACUGGCAACAACAUUAGCACCAAGAGUAUAGGCAGUGAACGCUGUGAGGAUAUCACACAGAACUACAAGUAUCCUGAAGGUUCUCUUCAGGAAAAAGCAGCACUUGGCAAAGCCUACAAAAAUAUAAAGAACCUUGAGACAACCAGCAGCAGUGAAAAACAGUCUAGUUACAUUCCUGCUGCCCCUGAAGAGCCAGUUAACCUUUUCAUCCACCUCAGGCUAAAGAGUUCUUUGCUACUGGGACAAGAUGUUGCACUUUCAAUUGAAGUGUUUAACUACAGUGGUGGAGACAAGGCCAUUCACCUGGUUGUUGGGGCCCAGUCUCUACAUUAUUAUGGUGUGCCUAUUACCCAACUUUGGAAGGAAGAGUUUCAUUUUAUCCUCAAAAGUAAUGAAGCUAACAACAUGCAGGUCUUAGUGCCUUCCUCACAGUACAGAAAGGAGUUGGGAGAGAACUAUCUGCUUAGACUGACUGCUACGCUGAGAGACAAGGACUCCUUCUACACAUACUUGGCACAGGAAGAGAUCAGCGUUUGUGACUCACCUCUCACUAUUGAGUUUCAGGUCAUUUCCUUCUUUCAACAGUUUCCAGAAACCGUGGUACAGUAUCAGCCAAGCACAGCAAAGAUCAGCCUCCUGAACCCUCUCACAGACCCCCUGGAGAAGUGUGUGAUAGUGGUUGCAGGGCGAGGACUCAUUUACAGACAAAGAAAGUACAGGCUGGGCUCUGUGCAACCUAAAAGCAUUAAAGAGCUGCAAAUCCCAUUCACCCCCACCCAAGCAGGGCCCAGAAGACUCACUGCACAUCUUACCUGCCUUCAACUCCAGAACCUGAAGAGCUACAAAACUGUCGACAUUGCAGCUGCCUGAUGCUCAGCUUAGAACACGCCCUGCUGUCCUGUUUACAAAAGAGUGGUCGUGAUCCAUGAGCUUAGGCAAGCAUAGAUAUUAACAGUUUAAUAAAGUUUAAUUAAUUAAAACCAUGUCUGACUUCCUUUGUACAAACUCAGCUUUCUCCCAUCUGUCACUAUGCCCACUCUUCAGCUUUAUAAGCUUAACUUUAUCGUGAUGAAAAUGGCUUCAAUGUUCAAGCAGAUGCUACAUUUGUCACCACACAUACGUGCUGAACCCACCACUGCUUAGUAUUUUCCCCUACCCAUGGCAAAAAAAGUAUAUCCUAGAAUAUUAAAGUGAUGAAAAUUGUAAUAUUUCUCUAGAGAUACAGUCUUAUUCCACUACAGAUCCCUGGUAAAGCAGCAAACAUUUCUUACUGCUUUCUGAGAAUACUUCAGUCUUAUCUAAGGUUAGGCAGGAAAUAGCAGCAUUGCUGUGAAUUUUAUAACAGUUCAUCAGCUGCUUGCAAAAGAAUUAAGGCUUUUUCCUUCUGUAUGUAUACUCUAC